AUGCCGCUUCCAGGAGACCUUGACGACAACGACGACGACUACGUGGCUAAACUCCUCGUCGAGGAUGCCAGGAAAAGUUCGAUGCGCUAUGCGUCCCAGGGCCUGUCCGCCCUGCUGCCCAAAAGACCGACGGGGUCGGCGCCGAAACCGAACACGCGCUUCCUGAAAACCCUGGUCCGCGAAGCCGAUAGCCACAAUGCGAAGUUGAAGGAGAAGGAGGAAUUCGAGGCGAGAAAUCGUCUGCGGAAGAUCAGAGACGCUGAGCGAGUCAACAGAAACAGUAGGCGGGAGGAGGACAGUGAAGAAGGUCACGAGCGGGAGCGGAAGAGACGACGAUUGAGUGAUGACACUGACGACGCAAAGGGAUCCCGGAGAGACAAACGGGACACAGUCCGAAUAUCUAGACGUAGCCGGAGCCCUGAGCGGCGGACGGAGCAAGACGACGAGUAUAGGCGGCGGCGACGGCGGCGACGGCGACACCGGGACGAGGGUGACGAAUCUGACGAAGAACGGGACCGUAAACGAUCUCGUCACAACACCUCCUCGCGCCGGAGUAGAUCUCGUUCACGAAGCAGGGACCAAAGCGAGCAGAACGAAGAGGGUCGUAGAAGAGACAGGCAAUCGUCGCACAGACACGACCGAAAGUCCCACUGGCAUUCUUCACCCAGCGACACGAAUCCAGGACUGCAGAAACAUGCCAGGACUCGCCAUCGCGCUCGCACUCGCACGCCCUCGAUAUCCUCCACCUCCUCCGACCCUCUCGCCUCGCUGAUCGGCCCCCGCCCAACAUCCGCCGAUGAGCAGGCCCCGCAGCGCCGUGGCCGCGGUUUCCAACACCAACACCUACACCUGUCGCACCAGUCGCGCUCCAACAUCGACGCCCACUUCUCCCCGACCUACGACCCCUCCACGCCGCACGGCCAUGGCGGCCUGGACUCGGACCAGGAGGGCGGAGAACGAGAAGGAGGAGGCGCCCUCGAUGACGAAUGGACGUCCGCCCUCUCGGCGCUGCGCGACCGGCGGGCCUGGCGCGCCAAGCAGGCCGAGCGCAUGAAAGACGCGGGCUUCACCGACGAGGAGAUCAAGCGGUGGGAGAAAUCCUCAUCCUCCCCGGCCUCCUCGACCCUCCUGGCCGGAGGACCUCCCAACCACGACGGCGACGUUCGCGACGUCAAGUGGCGCAAGAAGGGCGAACAGCGGGAGUGGGACAUUGGCAAGGUGGAGGAGACAGAUGAUCCCUGCCCCAGCGUCGUCGUCAUCUCCGUGGUGGACGACGUGCCCGGUACUAGCGGCAAGGCAGGCAGCACCCUGGUAACAAGAGAGGGCAAGCCGACGAGAAAUGAAGGGAAGCCUGGGAAAGGUGGUGGUGGUGGUGUUGAUUCCGCGUGGCGUCGGCCUGAGAGCGCCCUUUUGAAGCAGUUCAAGAGUGCUCUUCGCUGA